AUGGAAGCAGGAAAGGGUAAAUACGGUGGCCACCACAAAGGUAAUAAUAAUAAGAAAGACCAGCCUAUCCAAAGUAGUGAUGUUGAUAAUGGUGUUCUAGAUAGCUUAGAAAAUAUUCUAAAGGAUAUGGGAUAUGGAACUUCUUCUAGUGACUACCAACCUUUGAUUCAGUUCUUCCGUAAAGGUUUUGCUAACCAAGUAGUGCAAACAUGGUCAUAUUAUGCACAGACAAAUAAUCAUCCGAAGACUUCUCAUGCAACCUCAUUACUUGUUAAGACUUUGCAUAUUUUAGCUGCCCAUCCAGACACAUUAUCGAAUGGUACAUUAUUAAUCCAAUUAAUUUUGACAAGUUACGUAAAGGUCCUGUAUAGAUGUAUGAAUAAUCAACGUGCGCAGGUGACUAACCCAGUUUUAAGACUAAUGAAAGAAAUGAUUACCUUCAACAAUUCUCAACAUAUUGAGGAUUUCUUGGCAUAUUUUGAUUUAUCUUUACCAAGUUUGACGAGGAUUUUAAUGCCACCAAAGGCAGAAACUGAAAAUAAGCGUCAAAAUGAUUCUAAUAAAAGUAAAAAUUACAAAACUAUGAGAGAGACUUUCCUAGAUUUUUGGAUUUUACUAAUCAGUAAGACUCCUGCACUAUUAAGAAGGGACUUAUUAACUGACAAUUCCAAGAUCAUGGGUGCAUGGUUCAAAUUCAUUGAUAAGAAUGAUUCGGAUGAAUUGGUGGAGAGAGCAGUAUCAUUGUUCACAACUAGUAUCCUAGAGGAGAAAUUUUUUAAAAGAACAACAAAGUGUAAAGUAUUAAACGAAUUAACGAUUUCAAAAUUGCAUCAUUUCUAUUACUCGCAGAAUAAAGAACUAGUGAAAAAGAUCAACCAGUUCUUCAUUGUAUACGGUAGUUCUCCUGAAUUUAGUAUUGCAUAUCCAGAUAACAGUGUUUGGUUUGAAGCAUCACCUAUCACAGGUUCCAAUACAGGUGUUCCAAUAACAGUUCAUCAAAAAGAAUUUAAGUUACACAAUAAACUUUUAUUCAAUCUUUUAAGGAUAUUUAAGCCAUGGGAAGACGAUUUGCAAUCAACUACUACCAUUAAGAUUCUAAACCAUACACCUGAAUUAGUCGCUCCAUAUUGUACAUAUAUAUCAUCUUUAGGUACUCAUGAUCCUAAAAUGACCUCUUAUUGGUUCGGUAUGACCCUUCUAUUGGGUAGAAUUAUAAGACUUGAUAUCCCAGAAUUCAUUAAAAAUGUUGAAACUGAUUCGUCCCCAAGUGAAAGUUUAGUCUUCGAAAAUAUUAUUCCUUCAUCCUUAGCAAAAUCUGCAUUAACAAAGGCUUUACAACAUGAAAAUAAGAUUAUUCAACAGUUAGCAUGUCAACUAAUAGUGUUCGCCUUCCAAAAAUUGGAUAAAAUUUUACAAUUAUAUACACAAAAAGGAUGGGGUUCUCAAAGAGCUGUUAUCAGUACCAUGGUAUUAAAAAAUAUUCCAGAUUUACAGAUUUUUACAAACGUUUUAGCUAACACAUAUAACACCGACAAGAAUAAUCAAAUAUUACAGUUAUCUCUUUCGACUAUUCUAGGUUAUUACAGUAACAUUUUUUCAAAUUUUUUCUCAGUAUCUCUACAAACACCAAAUAUCUUCACCGAUAUAAUGGUUAAACCAUCGUUUUCGGGUAUGGAUGUUGCCAUUCUAGAUCAAUUUUUACAAUUUCAGAAAUUUAAUGGUACGCAGAUGAGAUGGUGGAAUGCACCUUCUAAUCAAAAUUCGUUAUUCAGUUCUUUAUUGAAAUUAGCAUCAUCCAAAAACUCAAAGACAACCAUGACAUUAAAGAUAACUAGAUUGUUGAUCGAUUUGUUACAUGGCACAGUCAUAUUUGAUAACAAAACUUUAGCAUCCCCAAUAUUUGCAUUGAUUAAUAGUCUACAGAUAGUUUCAUUGCAUAGUAGUCAAUCUGAUGAUAUGAAUUCUAUUUGGAAAUUACUGGAUGAAUGUAUUUCACGUUGUAUGAAGACAAUUUACAAAUAUGUUGACAUGUCAAAGGAAUUUAAUUAUAUAUCACCUUUCGUCAUGGCUUUAAUUGAACAAUGGAAAUUCGUUGAUAAGACAACAAACUAUGAUAUUACUUCCAAAUGGGUUUGUUUAUUUUUAAGAUCUCUAGUUUUUGUAGGUGAGUCCCAAAUAGGAAUUGUAAAUGUUGCAACUCAACAAUUAUUAGAUAUUCCAGAAAACUUAAGGAAGGUAUAUUUUGACUUCUCUGAAGAUGGCAUUGAAACUUUGAAAUCUCAAGAAUAUCUAUUAAAUGAGGGGAUCGGCUCAUCCUAUUCACUUUUCGUAACUCUCUCUAAGUGGUCCAGCGUAGAGAAGAGUCAAAGAAUUCCUGUUAAUGAUUUAGAUGCAGCUGUCAUCUUGGUCAAGUUAAGACAAUUGGCUGCUGACGAGAAGAUUCAACUAAACGGUAAUCUAAAGAAAUAUGUUAGUUGUUUAUGUUUAAAUUUAAACGUUUAUUGUCAGUCAGCAAAAACUUUUAAUAUCCUUGAUGAAAGAAUUUAUAAGGUUUUAUUUGACAACAUUUCAUCUAAAGAUUCCACCAAGUCACAAAGGGAAAAAUCAAUUUUCAUUCUUGGUGAAGUGUUAAAUGUUGCUUCAAGUGUAAUGGAUGCACUCCCUCAGUUUAACAAAACAUUUAUCGAUUUUAUAUUUGAUUGGUUGUUGAAUAACAGAGAAAUGAUUAAAAAUAUAAAUAACAGCUCUUUGAGAAGUUUAGUAUCAAUUUUGGUUGGAAUGAUAUCUGAUGAUGAGCUUACAAAGUUUGUCUCUGCUGAUAUUAAUCAAUCUUCUGAACUGGCGUCAAUUAUCGUGAAAAAGUUAUACCAGAAUACAUCGUACCAUAUAGAUUAUGCCUUAUUAUUGACAUUAAUCACAGACGCCUUUGAGGUCACCAAAAAAUUAGUAGGAAACUUUAUUAAAGAUGGAAGAGUUCAUGCUAUGUCUUCCCAAGAUUUGUUGUCAAGAUUUAUCUCCGAUGAUAAAUAUGCAGAACUCCUAUCUAUAUUCACUAAUUCAACUUACUUUAUUCCUUCUGAAUUUGAACCAUUCUUUUCUAAAGUGCAUGAUAGUGAUGUUAGAAUUACUGUAGCUAAUAGGUUAGCAUAUGAAGCAUCCUUGUCUCAAGAUGGCGAAACAUUUGUAAGAAAUGUGGUUGAAUCAUGUUGCAAGAACUAUAAGGAAAUGACUAAUUCUAACUUUAGAUUAUAUUUCAAACUUUUUUCAACUUAUGGAGAAAAAUACUUAACCAAAGAACAAAAUUUAAAUAUCAUAAAGUUUGCAACUGAGGAAUACGAACACAAGUAUUCAGAUUCGAUUGUUGAUUUAGUAGCAACGUCCAACAUGUUUACAGAAGAGUUUAUUCUUAAAUGGUUGGGUAAGAUGACACUUUACAUUACAAAAAUAUUUACUGAGCGUGAGGUUUUGACAGAGAAAUACCAAUCUACGUUAAAGAGUUUUACUGAACUAGUUAGGUCAAUCAAUAUUUGGGAGAAAGUAAACACUAAUAUACUGAAUUCUCAACUAGAAGCAAUUUUAAGCAAAAAUUGGAUAUCAGAUGAAGAUGUUGUCAAUUAUGCAUUACUUAUCGUAUUAUCGAGCAAGCAAAAGUUUAUUGAAUCUGCAAGACUUGUACAAUUUAUCUUAAAUAAUGAGGAUUGCCCACUGAACAAAAUAUCUGCGCAAAAUAAAUUAUCGUUUUCGGUUGUUUCUUUGUUGUAUAGUUUAUUCAUCGUUGAUCCAACAGGAAACUCCAAUGUUACUGUUCAAAAGAAACUGCUAACAUUUUACUCUGGUAGUAUUUCAAGUACUGAUAGACUUAUCCUACGUAUGCUAGAAAUCAUUGAGUCUACUACGUCAUUAGUCUGGGUCAAUAACAUUUACACUUGGGAUUUUAUGGAAGAAGACGAUGAACAAACUUUAGAUUUAAUGGGAAACACCAAACUGUUUAUCGAAGAAAAGGAAGGAUUGAUCUUGACUUUGAAGAAAAGAGAUAUUGCUUUCUCUACUUCCAACUAUAGAAUCGAAAGACCUAGUAUUCCUGAAUUGAGUUUACAAAAAUCAAAUAUAGAACUUUUAGAAACUUUAAAUUUGUUUUAUCAAGACACUGAAUAUAUUUUACCAAAAGAAUCAUCCCAUGUCAUAUAUGACCCAUUGUUUUUGUUAUUAAUUUCGAUUCAUAAUAAAGAGCUUGUCUCUGAAAAGAAUAAUGCAGACGAUCCAGCAUCGAAACAUAUUGUUUUCCAGGUGAGAAAGUAUUUAACUUCGGGUUUGUUUCAGUAUUUUGUUGGAGCAUUGGGAGAUACAGAUAAAGAUGUUGUUCAAAUUACACGUCUAAUACUUUCGCAAAUGGUUAAUUCCCUAGAGGAUAAUCAGCAGUUCAAAGACGGUAAUAUUUUUAAGAUUCUAUUGAAGAAAAUCAUUUAUAGUACAAAUGAUAAUGUAGAAGAAAAUAAUAAAAUCGUACCUAUUAUUUGGUAUGCAACUAGUAGAAUCUGUGAUUUGCUGCUUCAUCCAACUAAUCAACUAUAUGAAAAGGCUUACAAAUGGGUUCUAAAUGGUCCUUCUAUUCGUUCUAACGAUAUUCCUAUGAUGUAUGAACUUAUUGCUCCUUCAAAGCCAGAUAUCAACUUUGAAUAUUAUUUCAGUCAAUUAGGUUGGGUGUUGAAGACUUUGGAAGACGGUAUAAGAUCCAAAGCAGAUGUCGAUUUUUUGAAGAAAAGAUCUGUAAUGGAAUGGGUGUCUAAUAUUACAAACGUUCCAUAUUUGAACGCUAAUAUGAACUCAAUGAUUGCAUCGAUUAUAUACAAGAUUCAAAGAAUGGAUGACGGUGGAGCAACAUUGAUCACAAGAUUUGGAGGUGUAUCUGAUAUGGAAUUGAAGCAAAUAUCUAUUACUAGAAGUCUAGAUGAAAUUGCGGAAUCCAAGAGGGAGCACAAAAUAACAAACUCAGAUAAGACUUUGAAAAGACAACUAAUUCUCGAAGAACAAAAGUUGAAUAGUCAAGAGAUCUUGGGGAGUUACGUCGAAAUUAUCAAUUCAAAGAAGAGAUUACUUGACUGGACGGUCGAUGAGACCCAGAAUUUACUCAAGAGAGUGUGUAAAUAA